GAGAGAGAGCGAAAGAGAUAAAAAAAGAUAAAAAAAAAUACAAAAGAAUCAGAAUUUUUAAUAGAAGAAAAGUAAUCCGUUUAACAUGUUCCAACGUUAACAAAAAUAGGAAAAGUACGUAAAAACAGACAGUUCUUUAGGAAUUUUACAGAAAUUAGAAAACAGAGAGAGAAAGAGAGAAAGAGAGAGAAAGAGGGGGGAAGGGAGAGAGAAAGAGGAUUUGAAUGGAAGAACAGUGAUUAGAGAUGUUUUAACAACAUUAAAGACUCUUGCAAGUCUUAAUUGAACUUUCACAAUGGCGGACAAGAAUAAAAUUCUGCCCUGGCCACUUCUACCCUAUCCAGCCAGUCUUUUGAAUCAUGUUUGGUACAGUCAACUCGCAUUAAAUACUAGAAUAUUAGAAAGUAUGAAAAUGCCAGCUAGAACGUCAGGUUUUCACAUAAGUGAUAUAUUAGAACUAAAUGAUGCUAAACCAUCUCAAGAAGAGAAUGAAGUUCAAGGAAGUACAACUGUUCUACCGACGGCGAAUGACGUUCCAUCAGCCUAUCAACAAUUUUUAGAACACACGACAGCAGCCAUGUUACAACCUGCAAUGCAUGCGAAUCUUAACAGGGGUAGUUUGCCACCACCACCCCCAGCAUUACUUGGCUGGCCAAGUGGACCUACAGCUUUACCAACGACACUACCACAACCUUUAGAAGAAGUAAACAUUCUCCAACAGCCAGACUCGACGAGUCCAGCAAUCUCAGAGCUAUCCUUCCCGUCGCAACAAGAGAACAGUCACGAGUCUAAGGACGAAGAGUCACAGGAUUUCGAGGAGGAACAUCCAAACGGUGAAACACAAAGUCACGAGGCUGAACAUAAAAAGAGGAAACGACGAGUAUUAUUUUCUAAAGCUCAAACUUAUGAGCUUGAGAGAAGAUUUCGUCAACAGAGAUAUCUCAGUGCACCGGAAAGAGAACACCUAGCAUCGAUUAUUCGAUUGACCCCAACGCAAGUUAAGAUUUGGUUUCAAAAUCAUAGGUAUAAGACGAAACGUGCGGCAACUGAAAGAGUCGAAGCUGGUGGAAGUGGUUGUUCACCAAGAAGAGUAGCAGUUCCAGUGUUAGUAAGAGAUGGUAAACCAUGUCAAUCAAAACUGAUGGAACCAACAACUUAUCCCGGGAAUGGUCAAGUGCCUAUGGCUCCUUACAUGCAAAAACCAUACUGGUGGUAAGACUUAAUUGAUUAACAAAUAUGUGAGGUCGCAUUAGGACGGCCUUGAACACCUAUAUAAACCUCGUCAGAUCUAGUCAGGAUUAAGGCGUUAUCAAUGAAGAAUAGAAAAAGUGAUGUUUUAAGAGAUCCUGACUGAAAAUCAAUGAACAAGGGAUUCAUUUGUUACCUUCAUUAAAAAACCAAAGAGAAUUUAUUUGGGACGAUUUAAAUAAUUAAAUGCUCGUCUCGUAUUAAAAGAAUUCCUGACGAGAAUGUGAUCUUAAUAGUGCGAAUGGAAUGAAAUAAUACAAAAAAGAAAUAAAAUAAAUAAAAUAAAAUAAAAUAAAAUAAUAAAAAUAAAAAUAAAAAUAAAUAAU